AUGCCUUUGCCAUCUACAGAACAUCUGCCAUUGCCAGAAAGCUGCAAGUAUAUCUGUCACAAUAGUGAUGGUACUUCUCAUUCGCUAUCAAUUGCUCGAAACAUUUUACUAAUUCUGAAUGCAAAAGGAUACGGCCCAAUAAAUAUGCGACCGCCGAUUUGGCUGUCUUUCUCCUCUUGGGUGCCCUACAUCAAGCCAAUCCAUUAUUUUCUUAAGUCGAGCUGGGCACCUAUAGAAGAGAGUGGAUUUCGGCUAUGA